AUGAAUGAUGCGGCAGAGUCCUUCAUGAACUCCCGCGAGCCCUUAUUCGUUGUUCAGGAGGCUCUCUGUUUCUACCAAAUUAGCACGAUCUACAACACCUGCCCACGCUAUCUGUUUUAUGCGCUCCUGGUCGCAAGCUGUCUCACUCGCUGGACAGGAUGGCUUGCUGAUGUGUUCCUAGGUGCCGCCGCCACAUAUGCAGGCACUGCCGCAAUCGAGACAUUCAUUCUGCUCGCGAACCCCCAGGAAAAACCAGAACCAGAGCUAGUCACCGUUCCUUUCAUCCCCAAAAACACCACGUUGUGGAACGACUUUCCUCAGCUGAUUACGGAAACAAGCCAAGUUAUCGUUCAGCCUGCUUCUCUGGAGCUCGAUGCUGAUGCGGUCAUCGCAAUUGUCGUGACGGGAUAUCUUGUCUUCUUGCCGCUUCAAUGCUGGUCUCGAAUUCUGACCCACCAAAGGGCGAGAAAUCUGCUGUUCAGUCUCUGGAAUAUCCUGAUGCUUGCCGGUGCUAUCUGUGCAUUGAUCUACGCAGCAAAGAAUUCUAACACCCCGCCACAAUAUAUGUUCUGUUAUCCAGGACUCCCGCCAUUCGACCAAACAUCUAGCGAUGGCUGGCAGCCGUCAUGGAGACUAUCUACGUGGAACGACAGUGUCUGGGAGACCCUCUCCAACUUCUCUCGUUGGGGCCAACUAGGAGAUAUUUGUUUCAAUCCGUGCUUCAACUCCAGCCAAAUACUCAGAGAACCUACCUCUCUGCAAUCCUGGGUCGCGACCAAGGACUCCGAGCUUGCACAUCCUCAAAAGCUCUGGACUAAACUGGCCUACUCAAGGCGGUAUAUCUAUAGCCUGAUUAUACUCUGCUUAGUGCUUAACGUGGUCAACUUGGUGUACAAGUUCCUUCCUUAUCGGUCACAAAUUCCAUCCUCUAAACUGGUUGUGAUUUGGCGAGAAAGGAAGACCAUUCUGAAAGGCCUCAGAAGAGACUUAAACGAGGCUUUUUCGACAGCUAGGGAGCAAUUGGAAUGCAAAGAAACAGAAAUGUGUCCCAAUACCAGCGUCCAAAAGUCACGUUGGAUCCGCGCCCGACCAUUCUUCAGCGUCGUAUUCCUCAAGGCAUUCAUGCGUGUUUUGGUAGAUUCUGCCAUUCUUCUUGGCCUGGUGUUCAGCAUGGUUAUCAGCCCUUUUACCAUUAUUGCGUUUGUCGUAUGGGCCGAGUGGACUAUAUACAACGAUGGUCCAGCGCAGGAAAAGCCUCAGCAAGUGGGGCAAUGGUCCUACCUGGUUUCUGUCGCAUUCCUCUUGCUCUCUGCGGCCAUACUUAUGCUCAAGUACCGCCUAGCAACAGUCUCUGAGCUAGACGAAGAGAUACAAAAGCUUAAACAUGAUUUACAGAAGCUGGAGAAGCGAAGGGAAUCACAAUCACAAUCACGGCGGCGCACGGCGUCUACGACAGGAGAUGAACAUGCCUCAUGA